AUGGGUUGCUGCCUGUCCAGCACGGCAGUGGAGCCGUCCUCGUCGUCACUCCAUGCCGCCACGUCAGCAUCGCUUCCCCCUCACAAGCACGUCAAGGACCCCAUGCUGACGUCAGCGACCAAGGUGGGCCCGGAAGGUGCGCGCCCUGCCCGCCCCGCUGCACGCCCCCCUCUCUCCCCCCACCACCGCGCCCCCUCAUCCCCACCUGCUCUUCCCCGUCCCUCCCACUUCCCCCUCUGGUCUUGGUCCCUGUGCCCUUCACCGCUGCCUCUGCCUUCCCAAGAACCCUCUUUCCCCCUGCCUUCUCUCCCUUCCCCCCUCCUUUCGCCAAUCGCCCCGCGCGCACCACCGCCAUCACUGCGUAUCCCUGUAUGUGUGGGGGGAGGGCAGGGAGGCGGUGGAGAGGGCAACGGGCGCGGUGGUGGCGGUGAAGGCAUGUUCCAAGAAGGUUCUCAAUGCACGCCCGGCCUACAUCAGCCGCGUCAGUGCUGCUCUCUCGCCCACUGCGCCCAUCCCACCCAUCACUCCUGCAUCUGCCUAUCUAUGCUUUCUCCUCCUUUCGUUACUGCUCCUUCUGACUUCUACCCUAACGUCCAUUGCCCCCGGAUAACUCACCCCGUCAUGCUCUCUCCCCCGUGCUUCCCCCUUCUUCCCUGUGCCUAUCCCCUCACCUCUUCGCUGCCAUCUCUGCACAUGAUCGCUGCGCCUCACCGCUGCGCGUCACUGCUGCGGGCGCCAUCAGACCAUCGAGAUCGAGGCGCUGCAGCGGCCACUCUCUUUCCUACUGCGCCCAUCUCUCCCUUCCAUGCCCACCUCCUCUCCCCGUGGCAGCUGUGGGCAGCACCAGCACCGGUCGCACCGCCCAUCAUCCGCCUGCUGGCCACGCACGAGGACAGCCGCCACCUGCACAUCGUCACGGACAAGGCCCAGGGCGGCGACCUCUUCAUGGCCCUCGCUGCGCGCUCCUCCUUCACCGAGGCUGAUGCUGCACACAUUGCGCGGCAGCUGCUGCAGGCGGUGGCGCUGUGCCAUGCGCGGGGCGUCACCCACCGCGACCUGGUGAGGCCUGCUGCAUGCUGGCUGGGCAUGGCCAGUAAUCACAUGCAUGCCGCGAUGGGGCGAUUGAGAGGGGGACGAGCGGGGAAGGAGAGUGGUGGGAAGGAGAGUGGUGGGAAGGAGAGUGGUGGGAAGGAGAGUGGUGGGAAGGAGAGUGGUGGGAAGGAGAGUGGUGGGAAGAAGCCGGAGAACAUACUGCUGUCGGAUGCGCACUCGCUCGCCAUCAAGCUCGUUGACUUCGGCAGCGCUGCUCUCUUCCACCCCGCUCCCACCACCACCGCCACCACCACCAGCACCACUAUCAGCAGCAGCAGCAGCACGGGGGAGGCAGCGCCAGGCGCGGGGAGUAAGGCAGAGCAGCGAGAGGGGAGCCCUGAGAGCACAGUGCAGCAUGGCGAGGCUGUGGUGCCGGGCGCAGAGGGCGCGGUGGUGCUGCGGGACUUCAUGGGCACAGCGUUCUACGCCGCACCUGAGGUGUGGCAACAUGCGUACGGCCCCCAGGCGGACGUGUGGAGUGCGGGCGCCGUGGUGGCCGUGCUGCUCACCGGGCCGCCCCCCAGUGGACUCACUCGCGCCACAGUGCACUCCAAUGCCACGUGGCAGGCCAUGCAGAAAGGGAUAGUCCCAACAUUACCCCGAGAAACCUCGCCAGCAGCGCAGUCGUUCCUGCGUGCCCUGUUGGAGCCCGACCCCUGCCAGCGCCCCACAGCAGCCCACGCGCUGCUCCACCCCUGGCUGGCCGGCGCUGCAGCCGUUACUGCAGAGGGUGCUGCAGAGGGUGGCGCCAUGGCUGUGACAGGGGAUGCUGCAGGGCAGUGGGCGCAGCCCGCUGUGGCGGUGCGUGGGAGCCCUCAGGCCCGGGCCGCCCACCCUCGUGCCGCGCUCCUUGCGGACGCACGGCAGGCAAGUGUGGGGGAGAGAGCAACGGGGGCUGCAGCAGAGGCGCGGGAGGAGGGGACAGGGAAGGCAGGAGAGGAGGAUGGGGAGAGAGGGGAGAGGGAAGGGGAGGUGGCGGCAAGACGGGUGGGGCAAGAGGAAGAGGCGGUGUUACAGAAGGGGCCAGGGCAAGGAGGGGCAACAGGAGAGGGGCGAGUGAGGGGAGGCGUGCAGCUGGAGGGGUCGCUGCGAGGCUUCCGCCUGUACGCAGCUACCAGGAAGCUUCAGCGCGCGUGCGUUGCCCUGCUGUCGCUGGAGCUCAGCGAGUCGGAGUUCCGCCAGCUCGUGCGCCAGCUGGCGAGUGCCACGUCAGCACCAGGCACGUCACUGGAGGCAGUGAGCGAAGCAGGAGACACGGGUGAGGGGCAGAGCGACCACAGAGGUGAGAAGCAGCAGCAGCAGCAGCAUCAGUACCCCCCUUCAGCCAUGCUGUGUCUGCCAGCACUAGUAGCAAGCCUAGACGCCCUGGGGCACCAGCGGUUGUCACUGCAGCUCAUGGCCGUGCACAGCAGUGUCAUGGCUCAGCAGGCCGUGGCGCCGCCGAGUAUGGUGCACGGGCAUGCGAUGACGGGAGUGGAGAGGGAGGAGCGCGUGCGAGGUGGCUGUGGGAUCGCUGCUGCGCUGGAGAAGCAGCGCCAGGAGCAGCAGCAGCAGCAGCAGCAGCAGCAGGAGGGAGCAGCGACCACCCCUCUCGCCCGUCAACCCCCGGCCGUGCCUCCUUCAUCGUCCUCCGCUACCAUCCCUCCCGUGCCUCUGUUUGACCUGCUUGACUUCUCUGCUCUCGUCACGCGCCACCACGACCUGCACCGCUUGCACCAUGAUCCCCACGACCACCACCACCCCCAAUCCGUCGCCCAUGCUGCUGCUGCUGCGCGGGGUGCUGCAGGUAGAGGAGGGAGGAGGGAGGGGAAGGGGAAGGGGAAGAUGGUUAGUCCGGAGAGCGAGAGCAAGGGCGUGGAGGCUGGGAGCAGCCAUCGUGGCUCGCGGCGGUUCUUAGGGCUUAUGAGGGCAGGCCAGGGGGAGAAGGAAGCAGAGAGUGGUGGUAGUGUGCACGGCGGCAGUCUCCACGGGUCAAGGCGGUUCUUGAGUGCCAUGAGGGCGAGGGAGGGCGAGCAGCACGAGGGGGGCGGCAGCCAGCACGGCUCACGGCGCUUCUUUGGCCUCUUGGGGGGUAGGGAGCAGGACGAGGCGAGUAGCAGGGCGGGCGGCAGCCAGCACGGCUCACGGCGCUUCUUCAGCAUGAUGCCUGGCAGCGGGGCGCCCAGCCCGGCAGCAGCAGGCGCGCCCAGCCCCGGAGGCAGCCUGCGAGGAAGCUUCCGCAUGGCCAGGCGCCUGGGGCUGCUGAGGACGGGUGGGGAGGAGGGGGAGGGCGAGGAGGAGGACAUGGCGAGUCCCGGUGCAGAUGGCGAUGUGGUGGGUGCCAUGGGUUCCAUGGGCGCCCCCAGUGCGGCCCCGCUGGCCCUGAGAGGGCCGCUGUCUCCGCGCUCGCCAUUCGCCACCGCUCACAGCGACAACGCUGGUGGCUGGGCGCGACGACUCAACGCCCGUGCCAGUGCGGGCGGUGCCGGGAUGACGUGGCAGUCACCCGUUGGCCUAAGGAAGAGCCCCCUGGCUCAAGGUGUCCCGCCCCAGUCAGGUGGGUGGCAGCAGGGACGAGGGGUGGUGGGGAGCGGUGCAAGCAGUGGUGCCGCCACACUGCCUGCUGCUGCUAGUGCUGGGGCGGGUCGUGCGGAUCGUGGUGGGUUACUGGGUGGGGUGGGCAUGUUGAGUUGCCAGCGCGUGCAGUCGUGUGUGGACCUGGCAGCCAUGGGUGGGGAUGAGUCCAGCCCAGCUGCACGCAAGGGCGCUACCAGAGGAUGGGGUAGGGGGAGGGGGAAGGGGGGGUUCGGGGGCCCGGUGAAAGGGGGAGUGCAGGGCGGUGGUGGUGUGGGUGGAAUGAAUGGGAAGGGCACAUCUGUGCAUGGAGAGUGCCUGUACAGGGAGUUUCUGCUCAGCGAGUGCACGCCUUGA